CAAUGGCAACAGCGGAGGAGCAGAACCCGGAAGUUGGUACUUUUGUUCUGUAACAAAACAGAGAUGUGCAGAUAUUUCAAUGAAUGAACGGUCGGCUGACUGCGAAAGGGAAUAGCAGGAUAUUCCAGUGGGAAUGAAGCGCCUCCCCUUUAAUCGCUCGGGAGUAAAAAGCACCAGCAGUGGAAGGUUUUGUCACUUUUCUGUGCCGUUUUAUUGCCAUCGACAUGAAGAAACGCGGAAUAAAGUGGCUGAAGGACUGAAUAGGGUUUGCCUCCUGCUCUCACUCCACCACACACCAGCAAGAUUGGACUCAGAGCUGCGAUGGCCAAGUGGCUGAAAGACUACCUGAGCUUUGGCAGCAGGAAGGUUCCCCCACAGCCGCCCACACCAGACUACACAGAGAGCGAGAUCCUCAAAGCCUACCGGCUCCAGAGGGACCUGGACUUCGAGGAUCCCUACGAGGACUCUGAAAGCAGGUCCAGGGGCGAGACUGGGACUCCUGACCCCGCCACACCAGUGUAUGGCUCUCCCAUGAAGUCGUCCACUGUGGAUGUGAAGUCACCCAAACACAGACUGAUCAAAGUGGACUCCCAGGAGCUGGGGCGCACCAAGAUCCUCCUCAGUGCCGUCUCUUUGGAGGACCAGCAAGAACCUGUGGUGCCGUCUGCUCCGUUGGCAGGAGACACAGAUUAUUCUGACCCGUUUGAUGCUCGCUUGGACCACAGGCCAGAACCAGAUCUCAGACCUGUUCCCUGCGAGAACAACGGCUACAUGGAGCCGUAUGAGGCCCAGAGGGUCAUAACAGAGCUGCAGCGCGGUCCAGGGGGAGGACGGUCGCGGGGCGGUGUGCAGCUCUACGACACCCCCUACGAAGACGAGCGAGGCCAGCGCCUGGGUCUGUUGUACGGUGAACCUCAGGAGGAGGGCAAGGAGAGCAGCAGGCUGCCACAAGAUGACGAGAGACCGGCUGAUGAGUACGACCAACCCUGGGAAUGGAAGAAGGAUCAUAUCUCCAAAGCUUUUGCAGAAAUGAGGGAGUUGUCGGAGUUGCCCUGGCCUGCCCCGGUGGGUCAGCUGGAGGAGGAGCCCCCCGUCAGAGAGCAAGUGCAGUUUGAUGGCGCAGAAUGGGACCGCUCCUCGUCGCCCACGGAGCGGUUGCGUCCACCGGGGCCCAGGUCCAGCCCACUGGCAGGAGGGGGGAUGAAAUUUCGAAUGCCGCAGGAAGGCCUCAACAUGGUGGGGGAGAGGGUGGACCCCACUCUGCCUCUGGAGAAGCAGGUGUGGUACCACGGUUCACUGUCGCGUUCGGAGGCAGAGUCGCUGCUAACUCUGUGUAAAGAGUGUAGCUACCUGGUGAGGAACAGUCAGAACAACCGCUCUGACUACACCCUGUCUCUACGGAGCUGCCAGGGUUUCAUGCACAUGAAGUUCACGCAGUAUAAAGACGGCAAGUACGUGCUGGGACAGAACAGCCCCCCCUUCGACACCAUCCCAGAAGUCAUCCACUUCUACACCACACACAAACUCCCGAUCCGAGGCGCCGAGCAUCUGUCCCUGCUGUUCCCCGUGUUGGUGCAGACGCUCUGACGCUCCUCCUGGAUGUCUUUGUGAUCGGACACGUAAAACUUGAAUGUUUGAUGGGAUCUUCCUAGCGGAGUUCUCUCCGCUCGUUGAACUGGAAUACUUUUGAUGAUUCAACACACCACCAGAGGCGAAUGCCCUCCUCACCCACCACUGCUGUUGUACUUGUGCCAAGUGUCUCUAACAUCCGGGGGAUUGAUUCACAUGAAAUGCAAUACCUGAACUUUAGGCCACCUUUGCUGUAACUCCUCUCUCUCAUCUCCUUGCCGAACCGAGGGGGCUGACUCCAGGACAUGUGAAAUUCCCUCUUUCUUUACGACAUGUCUUUCACAGCUGACUGAAAUGCAGAGGAAGUCAGCAGAGCUGUAGCUGGGAGAGAGUCUGUAUAUUCUGAAUGUACUGAUGCCCCAGUUUGCGAGAGAUUUAAUUACUGCUGUUCCACAAAAAAACACCUCAUUGACACUGGUAAAAAUAUAUAACAAUAUUGCUGUUGUUAGGUGAAAACCUCACUAGUCAUAUUUUGAUGAUUUUUCAUGUUUAUAUGAAUCAAUAAAUUAAAUUGUACUGUAUAAGAUGAGAAACCUUUUUCAUCCUCGGGCUUGGGAGAUCCUGUUGGAAAUGUUGGAAAUUCACAUUUUCCAUUAAAAGAAAAAAAAAAAAUGCUAUUUUCGAAGAUAUAAGGUUUUUACCAACAGCAGUUAUAUUUCUGAUGCUUUUCUACACAAAACCACA